UUGACUUUGAGCAGUGCGCGGGUGACUUGAGCAGGUCGUGCUACCCUUGACAUCUCUGAAAGUCUCCUUUGAAUCUCACCUCUCUUGCCAUGGACACUACUGUCGAGGCUCAAGAGCCGACUCCGGUCGCUGAAGAGGCGUUCAUUUCCUUAGCAGCUGAGGGGACUCCUGCCGCGUCGGAAGUCGCGUUGCCUGCCCCCGAGGCUGGCGCAGGCGAGGGUUCCGCGCCAGCCAUGUCGAAGAGCGCGAUGAAGAAACUGGCGAAGGCGGAGCGUAUCGCUGCGCAGAAGCUCGAACGCCGCGCGCGCGAGAAGGAGAUGCGCAAGGAGAAGAAGCGGGCUUUGGCGCAGAAGCGCGCCGCGGGCGAGCUCGACGAGAACGAAGAGGAGAAGCUGCGCGCGCCGAAGCGGCCACGGAUGAGCAGGGAGAAGCCGUUCUGCCAGUUGGUGGUGGACCUGGGGUUUGAUGAGAAGAUGUCGGAUAAUGAAGUAAAAUCCCUCGCUUCGCAACUCGGGUACACCUAUUCCGCCAACCGGCGCGCGCCGACGCCCUUCAAGCUCCUCUUUACGGGCCUCGGCGGACGUACGCUCGAGCGGCUCGAGUCGCAGAACGACGCGAGCUACAAACGGUGGCAGGGCACAGAGUGGUGGCGGGAGGGGUAUGAGGGGUUGUGGGAAGGUAGUGACAGUGGGCAGAGUGCUGCUACUGGCGCAAAUGGCCCCACAGAAUCUACUGAAACGGCACCCGCGGCAAACGCUCACGACGCCCCUGCGCCUACGACCGAGGACUCUGCUGUCCCAUCGAGCGAAGGUGUCGCUGCGUCAUCCACUGAAGAUACCUCCGCACCCGCCACCGAAAGCACCCCAGCCGCUCCCGAAUCCACCACCGACGGUACUCGAGCCCCUCGCCGUCCCAAAGGCCCUCGUGCCCCUGCGUCACAACCACGCGCUUCCGCCCCCCAAUCCAGCGUCGUCUACCUCACCGCCGACUCCGAGGUCGAGCUGAACGAGCUGAAGGAGGACGAGACGUACAUCAUUGGCGGAAUAUGCGAUCAUAAUCGGUAUAAGAAUCUCUGCCUCAACAAAGCAAACGAGUCCGGCAUUCGUACGGCACGACUGCCCAUCGGACGCUACCUGGCGCAUAUGCCGACGAGAAAGGUGUUGACGGUAAACCAGGUCGUCGAAAUCAUGUGCAAAUGGGUCGAGACGCGCGACUGGGAGAAGGCGCUCCUUGAGGUCAUGCCCAAGCGCAAGUUCAACCCGAAUGGGCGGCAGCAGAAGGGAAGUGGGAAGGGUGGUGAGAAGGAGGAUGGUGGUGAGGCUGGUGAGGAGGGAAAGGGAAAGGAUGACGCGGAGGGCGAGAAGGACGCCGUCGUUGUAUCCGAGGAUGCCGCCAUGGCUGUAUAUGGGACAACGGUAUAAACAAAAUGUCAUUUUCGCGGAGUAUACCUUGGCCUAUCAGCGCAACCGCAGAAGAUCCAUA